UUGAAAUUUUCACAUAAAUGUUUUCUUUCCAAUACUGUGAUAAAAGUUUACUAUAUGUGUUGAUUAUAGUGAGUUUCACGCUGUAAAAAAACUGAGAAUACAGUAAACCAUGACUGAAAACACGGAAUCCAAUAUUAAUAGCAUCAAAUUAGCGCCGAUGCCCAUGUCGGCGUUGAUUGCAAAUUUGUGGCCUUUGCAGACACAGGACUUUACACCGGAUUCUAGUUUUUCAUCUUGUGACAGUGAUGAUUCUGACUGUGAAACGAUUGCUACGAAAAGUCCCAAUGUUCCGAAAUAUACGACUCCAACGACUAAAUUAAAACCAACCAACAACUACACAUCGGACAAGAAAUUAAGGUCUACUAACAAAGAAAAUACUUUUGAAAAUUGGUUAAAGUCAAAUAAAACAUACCCAAAUAAAGAAAAUAGAAUUAUCCAAAGUGUCAAUGAAAAUGCUAAACUGUAUCAAGGACCAUCUAAAGAAACAGCCAAACGAUCUGCAUUAAUUCCUCAACAGACAAAUAUUCAAACGCAGGAAAAAAUAGGUACAGCUAUCAAAAAAACUCCAGAAAUAUUAAAGCAACAACAACAGCAGAAACUUAAAAGUGCAACACCGAAAAUUAAAUCUGGCAUUCGCCACUUUACCCCUGGCUCUUCACGUAAGAGUCAGAGCAAAACACUCAUUCAAAAUGUAAUUCAAAACAAAAAAGAUAAAGUCAGGUGUGAAUUAUUCUCUAGUGAUCAAAACAAAGAUGAAGUACAGACAAAGCCGAGCCAGAGGGCAGCACAUCUUUUUGCUACACCUGCACCGGGGCCGGCAGCUCCACAAACUCCUGCUGCAGUAUCAGCACCAAGUUCAGUUGUAAUUUCAACCCCAGUAGUAACUUCAGUCCCAGUGUCAACUGCAGUGUCAUCUGUAGUGUCAGUCCCAGGAUCAGCUGCAGUCUCAAUACCGGUUUUAGGAUCUCUUCCAAAUCCGGUCUCUGCACCAGUUUCAACACCAAUCUCGGCUUCAGUUUCUAAACAAAUUUCAGUUCCUAUUCCAGCACCAGUCCCAGAGACACCAUUGAACAGGACGCUGAUGCCUGUUGCAUGUGUUCCCACACCCUCAUACCCUGAGGGUAUAAAGGCAUAUAAUACUAAAGUAACAUUUAACACAAUACAAGUUAAAGAUAAAAAAUAUUUAUUGCUGAAGAAGUUGGGUGUAGGUGGCUCCAGUGAAGUUUAUAAAGUGGUAGAGUUAGGUACAACAGGUGAAUAUGCAAUGAAGACAGUAUAUCUGGGGUCGGACCAAGACUUGGCUCAGGGCUAUGUCAAUGAGGUGCGCCUUCUGCGGGAGCUGCAGGACUCUGUAAGAGUCAUACGAUUGUAUGAUUAUGAGUAUGACCGCAGCAACCAAGUGCUACGCAUGAUAUUAGAGGCGGGUGAGACUGACUUGGCGGCGCUGCUGCGUGACCGCGGCGCCGCCCUGCCGCCAGCGCUGCUGCUGCACUACUGGGAAGAGAUGUUGAAUGCUGUGCUCUUUAUACAUGAACAGGGCGUUAUCCACGCGGACCUGAAGCCUGCAAAUUUUGUGCUGGUGUCGGGGCGGCUGAAACUCAUCGACUUCGGCAUCGCUUCGGCCAUCAGCAGCGACGCGACCAGCGUGGUGCGCUCGCAGGCCGCCGGUACCUACUCCUACAUCAGCCCGGAAGCGCUCAUGGGCGGCGCCGGUGGCUACGGCUGCGCCGAUGACGCCUCUGCCGCGCCCAUCAAGAUCUCGUUCAAAUCGGACGUGAGGUCGCUGGGCUGCAUUCUGUACAGCAUGGUGUACGGCCGCACGCCCUUCUCGCACAUCCCCAACUUGGCCAAGCUGGCCGCCAUCCUCGACCCCAACCAUCGCAUCGACUACCCGCCCGCGGACCACUUGCCGCCGACACUGAUAACGUCGCUGAAGUGGUGCUUGACGUACAACGCGCGUGAGCGUCCCUCUGUACAGCAGCUGCUGUCGUUCCGUCAUAUGGCGGGCGCGCGUCGCCCCCUGCCCGCACCUCUCAUACAAAAGCUACGCCCUCACAUCACACAAGACGAGCUCGAGCUGCUGCAGCGCGCUCAACUCUAGCACAUUGACAUCAAAGAGGCACAACAAUAACCUAACAAGCUAGCUUUACUCACUCGCACUCUGACGUCACAAGAUAAACCAAGGAGGUGCAAUUUGAUUACCAAAAUAUCAAUUCAAAGUAGCGUCAUGUAAAAAAAGCUUUUAUAACUGAUGCCUGAUACAUCCUUUGAUAACCCCAAAAAGUCAAAGUUUGAAUGAUCAGUGAUCAUUUAUCUAGAGGGAGUAUACGUCGCUAUAUAUGACGUCCAAGCGUUGGAAACGAGACCGAGUAUCAAUUAAAUUAUUUAUACAUAUCUAAUAUCACCAAUACAUGAGUUAUUAUUUCAAGUAUAUAAACCUUAUAAAAACUUUUAUUCGUUU